AUGAGUCAUAAUCUUGAGGCCGGGUUUAAAGUGAGAGAAAGAGAGAGAAUCGGUCUCAAGACCUUGUGUUCUCCUCCGAUGCUGUCCUUCGGACGGGAAAUGGCAGAGGUGCUGUCCAUAAGUUAUAAAGGCAGGGGAGAUCCGAGCUGCACCAUCAUCGUCUAUGAUGGUAAGCGUGGACAGAUCAUCUACACACAAAGCAGCAACCAGGCCGGCAAGAGGGCGUCUCUCAGACCUUCAAAUUCUGGCACUCAGAAUGCCAACAAUCACUGCCCGCUUCUGCUAACGGGGCCAUAUCGAGUGAUCUCGCUGGACGGGUGCGUUGUCCUAGAGUACAAUAUUGAUGAUUGCCAUGCUGAGAUACUUCUGGACAUAGAUGAUCCAUCCACAAAAUAUAAUGAAGCUGUCACAGAGGAACUGGGCUGUACGUGCAAUAACCACCCCAGAGCAGUGGUUACAUACGCUCUUCUGAGCAACGCGGUGGAAGCUAUUGUUGAGGUGAAGCUUCACCAGCAACGAGAGAAUACUUUCUACGGGAGGAUCAUUGCUCGAAGUUAUCUAGGUGAGGUCGUGCUAUUCGAAUCAAACAAUGAGAGCAUGCACAUCGGGUCGUCACAAGAACCAACAACCAUACCACUGUCUAGAUCAGUUCUUGCCGUGCCGUUGGACUCAUCCCUACAGAUCGAAGUAGAUCUACAGAAUCACUCCAAUGGUAAGAUCGUGAAAGGCCUCGCGACAUGCCAGGCCGACCUCAACAACUAUCAUGUGUUGCACCUCGAUGGGGAGGACGGUCAGGUAGAUGUGAAGAUCACAUGGUCAGACUAA